UCGUGGGUCUGGACCAUGGGCGAUGGAGGCGCCUGUGCAAGUGGAGGAGAUGGGGUGAACCGAUCCCACGUCUUGUUCGACAACUUUGUCCAGGCGAGCACAUGUAAAGGCACACUCAAGGCCUUCCAGGAGCUCUGCGAGCACCUGGAGGUCAAGCCAAGCGAGCACAGGAUCUUUUAUCACAAGCUCAAGUCCAAACUUAACUACUGGAAGGCGAAGGCGCUCUGGGCAAAGUUAGACAAGAGGGCCAGCCAGAAGGAGUACAAGAAGGGACGUGCCUGUGCCAACACCAAGUGUCUGAUCAUUGGUGCGGGGCCAUGCGGCUUACGUACAGCCAUCGAGCUGGCUUUUCUGGGGGCCAGAGUGGUGCUCCUGGAGAAGAGGGAUGCGUUCUCCAGAAACAACGUGCUGCACCUUUGGCCCCUUACCAUCCACGACCUCAGGGGCCUUGGGGCCAAGAAGUUCUAUGGGAAGUUCUGUGCUGGUGCUAUUGAUCAUAUCAGUAUUCGUCAGCUUCAGUUAAUGCUGCUCAAAAUGGCCCUCCUGCUGGGUAUUGAGAUCCAUGUUAAUGUAGAGUUCAAGGGUCUUAUUGAACCGCCUGACGACCAGGAGAAUGAGAGGAUAGGUUGGAGGGCUGAGGUCCACCCUAAGACACACCCUGUCAGCGAGCUGGAGUUUGAUGUCAUCAUUGGAGCAGAUGGAAGGAGAAACACGCUACCAGGAUUUCGACGGAAGGAGUUCCGAGGCAAGCUCGCCAUCGCCAUCACGGCGAACUUCAUCAACAGGAACACAACAGCAGAGGCGAAGGUGGAGGAGAUCAGCGGUGUGGCCUUCAUCUUCAACCAGAAGUUCUUUCAAGAUCUCAGGGAGGCAACAGGUAUUGACCUGGAAAAUAUUGUGUACUACAAGGAUGACACGCAUUACUUUGUGAUGACUGCCAAAAAACAGAGCCUGUUGGAGAAAGGAGUCAUUCUGCAUGAUUAUGCAGACACUGAGCUUCUCCUGUCCAGGGCUAAUGUCGACCAGGCUGCCUUGCUGUCUUAUGCGUGUGAGGCUGCAGACUUCUCCACCAAUCACCAGCUGCCCACACUGGACUUUGCCAUCAACCAUUAUGGCCAGCCUGAUGUAGCCAUGUUCGACUUCACCUGCAUGUACGCCACGGAGAAUGCCGCCAUGGUGCGCCAGCGCCAUGGCCACAAGCUGCUGGUGGCGCUCGUGGGCGACAGUCUUUUAGAGCCUUUCUGGCCCAUGGGCACCGGCAUCGCCCGAGGUUUCCUGGCAGCCAUGGACUCCGGCUGGAUGGUGAGGAGCUGGGCGCAGGGAAAAACUCCUCUGGAGGUUCUGGCAGAGAGGGAGAGCAUAUACCGACUUCUGCCUCAGACCACGCCAGAAAAUGUCAGUAAGAACUUCAGUCAGUACAGCGUGGACCCGACUACACGUUACCCCAACAUUAACCUUAACUUCCUCAGGCCCAGUCAGGUGCGACACCUCUUUGACACCGGAGAGGGCAAAGAAAUUCGGAUUGAAAUUGAAAAUGUGAUCAACUCGUCAACGCCAAAGUUAGCUAGGAAUGAAUCCAUUGCUCGAUCCAGUAAACUGCUCAACUGGUGCCAGAGACAGACGGAAGGAUACAGGAACGUCAGCGUAACCGACCUCACCAUGUCAUGGAAGAGCGGCUUGGCACUAUGUGCCCUCAUUCACAGAUACAGACCAGAUCUGAUUGAUUUUGAAUGUCUGGAUGAGGAGAACCACGAGAGGAACAACCAGCUGGCGUUCGACGUGGCAGAGAAGGAAUUUGGCAUAUCGCCAUGCAUGACUGGCAAGGAGAUGUCUUCUGUGGUGGAGCCAGACAAACUCUCCAUGGUCAUGUACCUCAGUCAGUUUUAUGAGAUGUUUAGGGACAUAGUGCCACCUGGAGAUAACCUCAACUUGAGUCCAGAGGAGAAAGCUGCCCUGAUUGCCAGUACAAAGUCUCCCAUCUCCUUCCUCAGCAAGCUGGGGCAGAGCAUAGCGAUCUCCAGGAAACGAAACCCCAAGGACAAAAAAGAGAAGGAUGUGGAUGGUUUGGGCAAAAGAAGAAAAACCAGUCAGUCUGAAGAUGAGGAUGCAUCCAGGACCUAUCGUGAAGAAAGACCGUCUGUCCCUGCUGUCUUGUCGGAAAGAAAAAUGGACUCUGCUGCUGCAGGAAACCACAAUAAAGUGAAGGUCAUGGCCACCCAGCUGCUUGCCAAGUUUGAAGAGAACGCCCCUGCUCAGACUACAGGGCUCAAAAGACAGGGGGACUCUCUGCCCAAUCUGGACCGCCUUUUACCCCCUUCCCCACCAUCAAACCCAGUGAAUGAGCCAGUGCGAAUGGCUCCUGUCCCAGCAUGGAGAAAGAGGCGCACCCAACAGCAGGAGAAGCUGAGCAUUCGCUACAAAGAAAUGGUCAAAUGUCAGACACUGCCCAGCAGAGGGGAACAGGCCAGAAGCAGUGCAGAUCAAACGUCCAGCUCGGGCUCUCGGAGCUGCCCGAAGAAAACUAUUCUGCUCCCUUCUUCCUUCUCCACUUCCUCGCUCUGUCUUCAUUCAGAGAAUUUAUCUCCUGAGGAAGAGGAACUUGAAUACUAUGAAAGACCUUUGACACACAGGGAAGGGAAGCAGUUACAAACAACUGAGCCAGCUCCCAUUUCCAUCCCUGGUAUACAAGAAAGGGCAGACCGCAUAAUCUCCAAGUUUAUGGGCAAAGCUGAUAAACCACCAAAGCCUAAGAAAAAGCUGUCCCGUUUCUUUUUAGAGCAGUGGUACGCUUCCCGAAGUCUGAACCCGAGUCCAGCUUUACCUCUGUCCUCCCCAGAUGAUUCCAGAAAGGAGCCAGUGAGGCUGCUGGACUCUGACCAGAUGCCUAUAUAUGUGCUUAGUAUUCAGGAAAGAGCCCAACAACUUGAGUCUCAGUUGGAAGGCCAGCGAAUUGGGCCACAGCCUAAGAAAAAGCCGUCCCGUUUUUUUAUGGAGCGAUGGCACCUAGCCCGAGCCCAGAGCCCCCCUGGUCCCCCGCCUUCCACCUUUGUCUGUUCCAGACAGCACAUUGUGAGGAUGUACACGGGGGGAGUUAGCACACUGGCUGAGCAGAUAGCCAGCCAGCUUCUGUCUCAGGAAGAGUCCAAACCCACCCAUGUACCUGAAAAGGGGGAUUUGGGUUCUCUCAGAAAAGAGUUCCCCGUCAACAUCGGAGGCAGCGACGUGUGCUUCUUCUGUCAGAAGCGUGUCUACGUCAUGGAGAGGCUAAGUGCAGAGGGGAAGUUCUUCCAUCGCAGCUGCUUCAAGUGUGACUACUGUGGAACAACACUGCGACUUUCUUCUUAUGCAUUUGAUGCUGAGGACGGAAAGUUUUACUGCAAGCCUCACUACUGCUACCGUCUGUCUGGGUACGCACAGAGGAAGAGGCCUGCUCCUUCUUCCGCUCCAGUCACAACUAAGGAAAACCAGACGCCUCAAACUCCCACAUCAACUGUGGAUGCCCCUGGCAGGGUGGUGGCAACGGGAGCUCCCUCAGCUGAGAUCCAUCCCUCAGCACUGGAAGUCAAUGGUCUGCAGGAGCCCAGCUUAGCAAAACGGCUUCGUGGAACUCCAGAGCGGAUUGAGCUGGAGAACUACCGUCUGUCCCUUCAGCGAGAAGAGGAGCUGGAGGAAGUGCCGGAGGAGACGCUGGCGGAGCACAACCUCAGCAGCGUGCUGGACAAAGCCACGGACGCUGAUCUGGGCUCCAGUAGUUCAGAGUCUGACAUGGAUGAGGAGGAUGAGCAGGAGGAUCAGGAGGAGCUGGAGGUAGAAGAGCAGCCUUCCAACCCUUCGGACCUCGGUGGCGUUCCCUGGAAGGAGGCCGUGGAGCUCCAUGGCAAACUGCGGGGCAACCAGGGCGACGAUUUGGAGGGUGAAGAUGUGGCUCAUUCUGUCAGCAAGGAUAGAGAUGUGGAGGAAGACGAGGAAGAAGAAGAGGAUGAGGAGGAAGAAGAUGAGGAUGAAGAAGAUGAAUCCAGUGAUGAGGGGGAUUACUGCCCCUGGGAUAGAGAGCUCCAGUCAGGCCUUUGGCUGGAGAAGCACCUUACAGAUGAAGAGGAUGUUGGUAAAUUCAAAGCCAGGAACAUACAAAUCCAACAACUCCUCCAGCCUGUGGAUCCCAACACCAUUCCGAGUUUGGUGAGAGCGCAGCUGGACUCUGAGGGAGACCUGGAUGACCCGCUGGCCUCAGUCCUCCAACACUCCCAGCCCUCUGAGAUCACGCAGCCCUCCUCCACAGCCCCUGCCCACACAUCCACCCGACAUGAGGCGGUGAGAGUCUGGUUGGAGUCCUUGUCUGGAGAACUCUGUGAAGAUGAAGAGCUUGAAGCUGAAGCAGACAGUCCGGAUAUGGAGCCCGGCACAGAGCUGGAUCAAGAUGACAUUCCUUCAGAUGCAGAAGCUGAGGCUCGGUUGCACCAAGCGGAGGAAAAGGAAGCAGCUUCCGAGGAAAACAAGGAGGCAGAAAGUUUGGGAAGAGACUCAAGUAUUGACCCUUCCAGCGUCAGCCCGGUGCUGAAGGACGACAUCGUUCUUUCUCCCCUCAAGAUGUCGACUGAGCCUGAAACCCUGGUACCUCCAGUGAAGUCUGCCAGCCUUCGUUUCUUCUCCGAUCCUUUCUUACCGGAGGACGAGAAGCCUGAGAAGACAGCUCUGUCCCCAGCUGUCAGGAGCACUCUGAGCCCUUCACCCAGUCCUAUUUCAUUUUCUUCUCCUAUCCACUCUCCCACUCCUGCUGUCGCUGCUUACCCUGUCACAGUCCCCUCAUCCAUCUCCUCUCCUUCUGUCUCAAACGCUGCAUCAACCACCGCCUCUCCGGUACAGCCAGCCGGUGAGUCGCCUGUCAGAUCGCCUUUCAAGUCACUGCUUAGCUCCCCUAUCUGCUCCCAGCCCAUCUCGCUACCAGAGGCACGCACACCUAAAUCUCCAGUCUACCAUCACCGCUCCAUCUGCCCUCUGACAGGAAACCCCCUCUCCCCGAUCUGUGCCCAGCCUUUGCCCUGCCAUGAACCUUCAUCACCUCUGACCUCUGAUUCUCCUGUCAAAACUCAGCCUGUCCCUGCGGUCACAUCCACGCCCACGGCCUCAAAUGAACCUUUCAAGUCUGCGGACUCCUCAAUUGAGGAAAAUUCAUCUAAAAAGACAGAUAUCAUUGAGGAAUUCUGGUUAAAGAGUGCCGAGAUACGGAAGAGCCUCGGACUCUCUCCUUUAGACCGAGGCAGUAAAAUCUUGGAGAAGAGCGCCAUUCAGAGUCCAAAACAGGAUCCCAUCCCCACUAGGACACAGUCUGCAGAUGUUUCUGAGGAGCAGAAGCCUGCUUUAACUGGCCGCACCAUCAUUCGCAGACUCAACAUCACUCUUGAGGGUCAAGUCAUCACUCCGAUCGCGCCUGCUCAGGCAAAGAGCAACGUCUCUGUAAAGAAGGGUGUGAGCAGCAGCUCAGGCAUGGGCCUGAACGGAAGCAUGGCCACAAGCCAAACGGCAAACAGCGACAGCUACAAUACAUCUGACUCCACCAUGCUCACCCCACCAUCCAGUCCGCCGCCGCCCGUGCCUGCCAAUCAGUCUCCAGCUGUGCUCAGGCAGCAGAGACACCAGGCGUCUUGGAGUAACGGGAUGGAAAAACUUCCAUCUGAAUGUGCCAAAGAGCCGGCAAGAACCAAUGCUCCGGUUCCUGCGCCCAGGACACAGCUGAGCCCCAUCUCUGCGCCUAAACCUGCACAUAGGAAUCCCUCGUCCCCUGAGGCGGCUCCGCCACCGGCUCCACCAGUUAUAAUGAGGGAGAAGAAGAAGCAGCCUCGACCGGCUGAGGUGAGGAAAUCAUUUGUGGAGGUGGUUGAGGAAAUUCCUUUUGCCGAUGACGUAGAGGAGACAUAUGACGAGCGAAGACCAGAAACAAGUUUAAACAAGAAUUACACACCACCCAUCAGCAAGCCUAGCAAGCCUCCGCUACACCUGGCCUUAGCCAUGGAAAACGGUAAGCCUAAUAUCCCACUAAUCCCAGUCUCCAAGGGCGAGAGGGCGACUCGGUUUUCCCCAGAGGCCAAGGAGAUUGCUGAGGAGAGAAUCAGAGCAAGAGAAAAGUCUGUGAAGAGCCAAGCUCUCAAAGAGGCCAUGGCUAAGCAGCUGAACAAAAUGAAAGAGUCUGACGUAGACAAGCAGGCUUCAUCUAAGGCGGCCUGGAGCACAACCCCAAACUCAGCAGGGAAAACUAAAAAGUCACCCGGAUCUCCUAACACAUCAGCUGUGAAAGCGUUGGAGUCGAAGAAGGCGGAGACUAUGCCAGAGCGUUUCUUCAGCAGCAGCAAGAGUCUGGACAGCUCGGUGGCCUCCUCAGAGGGUUCCUCCACAGGCAAAAGCAAGAAGCGAAGCUCCCUCUUCUCACCUCGCAAGAACAAGAAGGAGAAGAAAUCCAAGAACGACACCAGCAGACACUCGGGCGCAGAGGAGACGCCGCCCAAACCCAAGUCAUUGUGGAAGGCCGUCUUUUCUGGGUACAAAAAGGACAAGAAGAAGAAGGACAAUAAGUCAUGUCCAAGCACGCCGUCGUCCAGCUCCACCACCCAGGACUCUGGGAAGAAGAGAAUGUCACCUCUGGGGAAAUCUUCAGAUUUAAAGACUCGUAGGAAUUUGAGCUUCUCGGAGGACUCAGACCUGUCCUGUGAUGAUGUUCUGGAGAGAUCAUCCCAGAAAUCAAAGGCGGAUCAGCAUAUGGACAUCUUUGACCUAGUGUCAGGCAUGCAGAAGGAGGCAAUAAAGGAGGAGAAACUGGAAAAGGAGAGAAGGAGGGAGAUAAAGAAAAAAAAGAGGGUGAAAGAGGGGCAGAAAGAAAGGGAGCCAGAGAAGGAGGUUGACCAAGAGAAGGAGAAAGACAAUGAGGAGUCUGUUUAUGUUCCUCACGCACUGGCGUUCAAGAGAUCGUACGCCACAAAGAAAACCUACACAGAGGAAGAGCUGAAUGCCAAGCUCACACGCAGAGUCCAGAAAGCCGCCCGACGACAAGCGAAGCAGGAGGAACUCAAAAGGCUGCAUCGAGCCCAGAUGAUCCAGAGGCAGCUGGAGCAGGUGGAGGAGAAGCAGAGGCAGCUGGAGGAGAGGGGUGUAGCUGUGGAGAAAGCGCUCAGGGGAGAAGCAGUUGAGCCAUUUGUGGGGAUGCCUCGCCGAAGACCACUCUUCCUCUGCCCUUGCUGUUCCUCUGAAGCAAUAUUCCCUCCUGGAGACCAAAGCCAUGCAAUUUAUUUGUGUAUGGGCAAGAAGGAUGAUCCUAAGCUAAUGCAGGAGUGGUUCAAGCUGGUGCAGGAGAAGAACGCCCUGGUCCGCUAUGAGUCCGAACUCAUGAUAUUUGCCAGAGAGCUGGAGCUGGAGGACCGUCAGAGCCGACUGCAGCAGGAGCUCAGAGAGCGAAUGGCUGUGGAAGACCACCUGAAAACCGAGAAGGAGCUCUCUCAGGAAAAGCAGAUCUUGAAUGAGAUGCUGGAGGUGGUGGAGCAGCGCGAUGCCCUUGUAGCCCUCUUGGAGGAACAGAGACUCCGGGAAAAGGAAGAGGACAAGGACCUGGAGGCUGUCAUGCUCUCUAAAGGAUUCAACCUCAACUGGGCCUAAAACCAGAGACAUAAUUGCUCAUAAAGUUUGGAAAAAAAUGGAUUUGACAAAACAAACUGCACCCAAGUCCUCUGUACACAGACUUGAGCAAAUGGUCUAGAACUGUCACACCUACAGCACUGAAUGUGUAAAUAUGUUUCCAACACAACAAACACACCGUGGCUGCCUCUGACUCUGAAGCAGUCUGCAGCGUUUACAGAUCCUCUGCCUGAAGGCAGUCCAGUUUAAUCAUUUCGCAGUUUAGUUCCUCUCCCUCUGUGUGGGAGGAGAACCGAGUACAUAUUUUCAGGUUUAUCAUCCCAGCCUUGAAGUGGAUCCUUUCAAGCGGGGGGCCGUAGGGAGAAUGUGGAAAGACUUCUCUUCUGACUCUAUAAAGGGAAGACUGCAGUUCAGUCCUGCUGAUAAAAAGAAAUUGUAAAGGAAAAACUACAGUUUGUGUAUAGAUGUGUUGAGCAAGUCACAUUUUCUGCAGGCGAGGGUCCUAUCAUUUCUGAAAAGGAAGCUACAGAGGCGUUGAAACUUUGAGCGACACAGUCAGGCUUUGUAGUCUGACAUGCUCUGCUGUAGCUGCCUUUCUCUCCAGAGACUGAGUGUCAUCCUAAUGAACCACACAUAAACCCUGAAAGGGGAUGUUUUUUCUCUCUUUGGUGAGUCAACACUAAGAAUCCAACUCUGGCCACCUUUUUUAUGCAAGUUUUUUUUAUGUUUGCUUUUAACAGAUGAACACUUUUUCUUAGAAUUCACAGGAGAGUACCCAGGAUCUCAUUAUCUCGCACUUGUGCAUAACCGUCAUGCUUCCCUAAGAUGCUGUGUGUUGGUAAUUUGGCUGCAGGCACAUACAGCGAAGGAACGUGACGUGUCCUUAAUCAUUUCGCAGACUCGAUAACGCCGGGCCUCGUCGUGAGAUGCCGUUUAUGGUAAAUCACACUGACAAAGUUUACACACGCUUGUUUGAUAUUGGAUUGUCAUUGAUUCUGCUGUGGGAUGCAGGACCAAUACAGCUGUUGGAAAGAACAGUAUUAUCAGUGUGAUCUCAUACCAGCAGAGGUCUGUGAAGUUCCUGUCACUCACUUUGUGCCACAGCAUGUUCUCAGUGGGUUUGCUGUGAUAUCUGCACUACAGAACAGUUGCACAACAGUAUAAUGUGAUGAAUACUGAAUAUUUGAACAAGAUGCCUUUCCUAAGUUUUGUUUUCCACAUUCAGGUUUUAUUUAAAUCCAGCUUGUUUGUUUUUAAGGUGGAACUAGAUUUUAAGUCUAUUUUAACUCCAUUUUAGCACCAAUCUGCUUCAUGCAAAUGAUUUAAAAAGGGCCACAAGAAGAGUGCAAAAUGUAAAAUAUGCAACUUGCUCCUAACAUAACUGCAUUAUAUAUUUUUUGGCAACAUUAUAAAUCCAGAUAGCCUCCGCUUAGGGCAGAGGGUACAUUUAAAAACCUGACGCGAGCUGUGGGUAAAACGUUACAGAACUUAAAAGACUGUUGUUUUAGGUGGUGUGUGAAACGUUUAAGUUGAUUGUACUGAUAUUUAUUAACACGUGUGGAAACUGUAUUAUAUGUAAAGAAAAAUGAAUCCUAAUUUGUAAAACUGUUCUGUUGACACAGAAAUUGCAAUGUAAAUGCUUUAUGUAGCUAAGAUGCAUAGGGGUGCUGGAUGUAUGCUGAAAUAAAACAAUGCAGUUGGUCUUUUCCAUGUUUGGGGGCUGAACUCUGACCUCUUAAAGAGACAGUCCAGUUGUAUUUUUAUUCUCACUAAUAAACGUACACUGAGAAGAAAAA